AUGACUGCACGACAAACGAUCCCAUUAUACCCUAGCAUGUCACCUAUGCCUGGCACACCGCUCGCUGAGAAUGAGGUCAAAUCGACGCUCUUUUCCCCUCUUCAAGUCCGCGGGCUUACCCUCCAAAACCGCAUCGGCGUCUCUCCCAUGGGCAUGUUCAGUGCCAAAGAUGGACAUCUGACUGACUUUCAUCUCGUCCAUUACGGUUCUUUCGCCACUAAAGGUGCAGCUCUCGUCAUGGUUGAAGCUACAGCCGUAGCUCCUAAUGGUCGGGUCUCAACUGGAGAUUCAGGCCUUUGGAAGGAUAGCCAAAUUGCACCUUUGAAGCGAGUUGUUGACUACAUCCAUGCCCAAGGACAGAAGGCGGGCGUCCAGCUCUGUCAUUCUGGUCAGAAGGGUUCUAUGCUCCCGCCGUGGCUUGCCAAGGGCGACCCUAUGGUGCACUUCCCACUUGCAAGUCAGGAACAAGGUGGCUGGCCGAAUGAUGUCUGGGCACCGAGUGCAAUUUGCCAUGGUCCUGGAUAUCCUAUGCCGAAAGAGAUGGGCUGGGAGCAGAUUGAUCUUGCUGUUGAGCAGUUUGCUAGUGCUGCUAGAAGAGCUGCUGAAGCCGGCGUUGAUUUCAUCGAACUCCACGGCGCUCACGGAUAUUUGAUCAACGCGUUCCUCUCCCCUCUCACGAACCACCGAAUGGAUGAAUAUGGUGGCUCUUUUGAGAACAGAACAAGAUUCCUUUUUCGUGUUCUUGAAGCUGUCCGUAAUGCCAUACCUGAGACUGUUGUUCUCUCAUUGCGCAUUUCUGCCGUUGAGUGGAUGGAGUGGAGCGGCCAGGAUUGCUGGACAUUGGAAGACUCCAUCAGACUCGCAAAGCUUCUUCCUGAGGCAGGUGUUGACAUUCUUGAUGUGUCCUCUGGUGGUAACCAUAACGACCAAAAGAUCGACAUUCACCCCUACUAUCAGAUCGAUCUUGCAUAUCAGAUUCGACAGGCUAUCAAGGCUGAUGGCAUCGAGCUGCUAAUCGCUGCAGUGGGGUUCAUCGACAACCCCGCCAUGGCUGAGAAUGUUGUUCAAGGAAAUGCUGGGUAUAAGGCAGCGCCGGAGAUGCAUGGAACGAACGGAAACGCGGAGAAAGAAAAAUACAAAGAGCCUCAGGCGGACUUGGUCAUGGUUGGGAGACAGUUUUUACGAGAUGCGGGUUUUGUGCUGACAGCUGCCAAGGAGUUGGGCGUGGAAGUCCAGUGGCCUCUUCAGUAUGCCAGGGUACAGUAG